AUGACGUCGUCGGCAAACAGAUCCGUCGUCGACUUCUCUACCCGCGAGUGGAAGCUAGGCUUGGCUGGCGACGAGGCGCCUUCUCUCGAGCUCGCCGCGGCUGCCAGCUACGAACACCGGCUCGCCCGCUACCUGGAGUGGUACGCCAGCCUGGCCGAGCCGCCCGCGGUGGCCAUCUGCUCUUGCAGGGCGCUCACCGAUCCGGGCGGCGCGCUCGCCGUGGCCUUUGCGGCGCCCGGCAUCCAGCAUGUGCACGUCGCUUGCCAGGAGAACCUGGCCGUGCUGGCGAGCGGGCGCACGACGGCGCUGCUGCUCAACCUCGACGAGGACCGAACCACCGCCCUGCCCGUGUACAAGGGCUAUCUCGUGGAGGAGGGUGUGCGUGGGGCGGCCGCCAUCGACCUCGCCGCCGCAGCCGCGGUGCUCGCCGAGGCCAUCGAGUGCUGUCCCAUCGACACCCGCUAUGACGUGGCGGGCGGCAUCAUCGUGGCGGGCAGCCAUGAGCUCGACUGGGCGGCGCUUCACGCGACGCUGGGCCAGCGGCUCGGCCCGCUGCUGGGCGAGACCGCGGCGCCCACCGCCGAGGGGCGGGCGAGGAGGAGGUCCAUCGCCACGCAGCUGCGCAAGCUCGACGUGCCGGACAGGCCCUGGUGCAGCGGCUGGGUCGGCGGCUCGAUGCUCGGCACGAUCGACGCGUUCCGCCGGAUGCCCUUCGUCACGCGGGAGGAGUACGAGGCUGGCGCAAUCGACUUGCAGGCCCUCGACAGGAUCCCUCGCUUACGCGCCCAAGGGGCGUACUCCUUCUCCCUGCAGCGGGAGUGGCCGGCGGCCGCGCCGCGGCUAUCGCCCGCAUCGCUGCAGGCGGCCGAGGAGCGGAGGUCGGCCGCGGAGUGCUCGGAGCUGCCGGCGCUCUAUGUCGGCCAGAGGGUGCAGGCGGCGCACCAGCCGGGGACGAUCGAGGCCGAGAACGUCGACGGCAGCUUCGUCGUGGCGUUCGACGACGGGCAGCACGCGGUCAACGUGCCGCCCUCCGCCCUCAAGGCGCUGGAGCCCGCCGCGGGGCGGCGCGAGGAGCUGCCGCAGUGGGCCGCCGACGAGGCUGCCGCGCUCGGGCCGGGCGCUCGGGUGCGUUGCAACUUCUGGGGCAUGGAGAAGGCGAGCCAAAAGUACCGCCACUUCCCGGGGACGAUCCGCGCGGUGAACGCGGGCGGCUCCUACCACGUCGAGUUCGACAACGGCGACUACGCCAAGACGGCGCCCCGCUCCUCGAUCAAACUGAUUGAGGCGGCUCCGGGGCACAAGGCGCCGCAGAGCGCCCGGCGAGACAUCUUUGCCGUCCCCGCUCGCGACAGGGCGCAAGUGUCCGCCGCGGCCCGAGAUGCCGCCGCCGCCGCCGCUGCCGCCGCCGCCGCCGCCGACGCUGCAGCCGCCGCUCCCGCCACUCCCGCCGCGCGCGCCGCCGCUCCCGCCGCUGCGCGGGCCCGUCUCGCCGAGCUGCGGGAGCGGCGGUCGACGGCUACCGCGACCGCGACCGCCGCGACCGCCGCUGCCACCGCCACCGCCACCACCACCGCCUCCGCCUCCACCGCCGCCGCGGCCGCGGUCGCCGCAGAGGCGGCGAGGGCCGCCUUCAAGCGAGCGAUGGCUUCGGGCGCAACGCAGGAGGAGGCAAGGGCGGUGGCGCGCGCCGAGGGGGCGGCAGCGUGGAAGGCGGCCGUGGCGACGGCCAAGGCCGCGACCGUAGCGGUGGCCGACCCAAAGAGCGCCGCGGAGGCGACUGCACCAGUUGCCGCCGAGGAGAGCUUGGGGCGAGCAUGGGGUCUCUCCUUGCGGCGCGCAGCCGCGGCCACCAAAACCGCCGUCGUCACUGCGGCCGCCGCCGCCGCCACCGCCGCGAAGCCCGCACCGCCCCCGCCGCCCCCGCCGCCCCCGCCGCCCCCGCCGCCCCCGCCGCCCCCGCCGCCCCAGCCGCCCCAGCCGCCCCAGCCGGCCCAGCCGGCCGCUCCGACUCGAGCCGACACCAGCUGGAGGUCCUCUGGCGGGAAGGGGAGGGGCUCGCUCGGCGAGGAGAGUCAGGUCCUGUGCGACAACUUCCGGGUCGACAUCCUGUCGGGCGCCACGGGCCUCUGCAAGUGCGGCCACCCCAAGGCGGCACACCCUGUGCUGGCGCCUCUCCCGGGAGAAGACCCCGCCGUGCCCUACGGGUCGUCUGCUGCCGACUCCUCUGCUCCCGCCGCUCUUGCCGCCGCUCCCGCCGCCCCUGCAACCGCCGCCGCCGCGAAGGCGCGAGAUCCGAACAAGAAGCCGACCAUCUGCGGGUCGCUGGUCCUGAUUGACUCUGCCGAGGGGACGCUGCAGCUUCACUGGACACAGAACUGGCCGGUGGACGGCGCGCUCGCCUAUUUCGAGACGGAGCGCUCGGUCCCAGCCUUCAAGCUCAGGCAGAAUGCCGGCCGAUCCGACAUCAUGAAGGGCGUCAGCGGGGCCGACUCGGACAAGUACUUCCAGGCGUGGCUGCAGUUCAUCAAGAUGGCGAAAGGUUGGGGUGGUGAGUAUACGCACCUGGCAGACAGCGACGCCAAGCCGAUCGCGCUCUACGCCAUCGACGCCUCCAUUCGAGUGAGGCGGAUCGGGGUGGGCGAGGCGACCAGCUGGGAAGAGGCGAUCUGCGUCGCGGCUGUGCCGAGGGACUCGAGCGCGUUCAAGGGGAUCCGGGAGCUCUCCCUCGGGAUGUUCAAGCAGAACGCGGGCAGUGCGGGCGGGUUUGCGCUCGACCUGGGGUGAGAGAGGGACGUUUUCUCUCCUUUAAAUAAAGCAACGGGCAGAAGCUC